AUGGCGGCAGUGUUCUAUCCAGCCACCUGGAUUACUGGUCAGUACAGGAAGGCUCCGUCCAGCCUGGCUCUGAUGUCAUCUUUACAGCUCCAGCAGAACCAGAACAUUCUCUCAGCCACUGCAAACCUGGAGAUCCACAGAGCCGUUAUACAGCAGGCGUCCUGUCACUACGCACUAGGAGAGUACAGGAUGGCAUGUGAGAAACUUCUAGAGGUGGUCAGCGGUCUGAUGCCACAGAAUCAGGAAAUGAUGAAGAGCAGCGAGGAGCACCGCAAACCUCUGAACAAACCGGGAAAGGUGCGUAACGACCUGAGACUCAUCCCGUGCACCAGUAAAUCAGUUCUACCGUUCUGUCUUCAGCUGAUGCUGGCGUGCUUUAAGCUGAGGGCUUUCACAGAUAACAGAGAUGACCUUGCUCUUGGUCAUGUGAUCGUGCUCCUGCAACAUGAUUGGCCGCAGGCUGAGAAUCUCUUCCUGAAAGCAGUGGAUAUGAUCUGUCAACAGGGCAACUUCCAAUAUGAGAACUUUUUCAACUAUGUCAUCAAUAUUGACAUGUUAGAGGAGUUUGUUUACCUCUGCACAACAGAAGGAGGGCGUGUCCAGCUAGAGCUGCUGCCCAAUCAGGGGAUGCUCAUCAAGCAUGGAUCUGGCAUUAUCUGACAAACAAAUUCAUGUGAUGCGUUGAGUUUGUGGGGCACAACAGAGUGUUCCCUGCUUGGAAAAGGACACAAACUGUGGCUUCAACCUCUCAACCGGACUAAUCUGCAGUUUGGGACCUUCCCCAAUGGGUUCCUGU